AUGGUUUCAAAAGAACAAAAUCAAAAGCCGUCGAUUGUCAGUUUUCAAUAUCACACUUCGCCUCGCUUGCCUGUCUCCAAAGUCAGGCUUCCUUUCCUCUUUUUCUCUCUCCUUCAUGAAAAUCUUAUCUGUCUCACCGCCUUUCAUUUUUUUCUCGCCUCUCUCUAUUUGUUCCAUGAUACAUUUUUGAUCGCAAGGGCUAUGUCUCCUCUCACUUGCUUUCUCCUCUGUGUCGCUCUCUCUCUCUCUUUCCAUUCUCUUUAUAAAAAUACCUCUCUCGUUGACCUUCUCUAUCUCUCUCUCUCUCUCUCACUCUCUCUCUAUCACUCUCUCUCUCUUUCGCCUUUCUUUUUCUUUAUAUACCUGUUUCAUUGCUCUUCUCCCUCUCUCCCUCUCUCUUUUUCGCCUUCCUUUCUCUUUUUCUUUCUCUCCUCGUUCUGUUAUUCUCUAUCUCUCUUUUCUUUCUCGCAAGCAUGUCUCUCCUCUCGUUAUCUCACGCAUUCUUUCUUCUCUUUGUCACUCUUUGUCCCUCUUUUUUUCUUCUCUGUGUCUCUCUCUUUCCCUCCACUUUAUAUAACUGUUUCAUUGUCCUCUCUCUCUCUCUCUCUUUCGUCUUUCUUUUUCUUUGUCUUUCUCUCUUCGUUUUGUUUUCCCUAUCUCUCUUUUCUUACUCUCAAUCAUAUCUCUCCUCUCGUUGCCUCACUCUUUCUUUCUUCACUUUGUCUCUCUCUUACUCUCUUUUCUUUCUCGCUCCUCCCUUUAUCACCAUAUCUCCAUCCUUUAUAUCAUUCUUUCUAUCUACCUCUCUCUCUCUCUCUCUCUCUCUCUCUCUAA